AUGAAACAACAGAUAAACCAGCAUCUCGAUACAUUGAAAUAUGAUGUCAUGAAAGAACUUGCAAAAAUUGUAAAGUAUCAUAACGACGUCAUUCAGACAGUGGUUUCGUCACUCAAAGAUCAAGAGAAGACGAUGACACAAUUCUGCAUGGAAAUCCAAACCAUCAAGCGAUAUGCAUCCGAUCUCCAAACCUUCAUUGGUAUGCGAGUUCUUCAAUCUAAAGUCACAGAAAACGACAUACGUCUGGAAUCAAUGAUUAAAAAUAAAAGUCUGGAAUAUGUUACUUUACAAUUGACCAUAGAUGAUAAGAUCAAGAACAUUCUUACAUUUGUCAAUACAUUUGGUAGGAUUUUAAUUAAGAAAUCUUCACCUGAUAAAACCAACAUGCAAAGUCACAAGAAUGAACAAGCGCUUGCGUCAAUAACAAACACAAUACAAUCAAUAAACAACUUGUCAAUAGCUUUGGAACAGAAAAUAGACACAUCAAGUAAAUGGUCAAGAGGAUGUACUAUGACACAAAAAAGGGGAUUCAUUUUCACAGAUUACUUUAACGCCAAUGAAAAGCUGGUAAAAUUAGAUGCUCAAUGCAAUACCGAAUAUAUCAUCCAACUUUCAAGUCCAUAUAGCGCUUUUGAUGUAGAGCUUAUAGAUGAAAACACAGUCGCUGUAACAACUGGCAAGUCAGUCGGCUUUGGCAAAAGAAGAGGAAUCAGCAUUGUUGAUCUAACUAAAAGAAACGUAACAAAGUUUAUAGACCUACCUAAUCAUACCUAUGGUAUUACUUUUGAUGGUAUAUGGUUGAUCUGCUGUGUUGAGGACAAAGACCUACAUAUGAUAUCAAGUAUAGAUUACAGUAUAACCACUGUACCAAACACAGUAUUACCUUGGUUUUCUUACGUCUCAACUUAUGCUUGCAAAAUUUUCUUUACCAAUCCGAAUAAGCACACAGUAUCUUGCUGUUUAUACGAUGGGACACCGUUGUGGGAGUUUAAGGAUGAAAAUCUUUUAAAAACACCAUGUGGAAUUACGGUAGACGACAAGGGACAUAUUUUCGUUGUUGGGCGGGAUUCGUGUAAUGUUCUUGUCAUAUCCGCUAAUGGUAAAUAUAUUAAACAAAUACUAAACAAGGAAGAUGGUCUCAGAGUACCAGCUGCGAUUUUCAUUGACAAUUUAGAGAAACUGCUUCUUGUGACAAGUGACCAAAACGUUGCAUAUCUUUAUCGCAUUGCCAUCAAUUAA